GUGGGCGGGCGGCGGCUGCUGCGCGCGGAGGAGGGGAGGAGGUGCUGUGCAGCGGCUUCCCGCCCCCGAGCGGAGCCGGUGCGGAGGGGAGUGGAGCAGAGCCGGCUGGGCGGCCGCCGAGCUCCUGCCAUGGCCCGGAACACGCUGUCCUCGCGCUUCCGUCGGGUGGAUAUCGACGAGUUUGACGAGAACAAAUUUGUGGACGAGCAGGAAGAGGCGGCGGCGGCGGCGGGCGAGCCAGGCCCCGACCCUGGCGAGGUGGACGGGCUCCUGCGGCAAGGGGACAUGCUUCGGGCGUUCCAUGCAGCCUUGCGGAACUCUCCAAUCAACACCAAGAAUCAAGCUGUGAAGGACCGAGCCCAGGGUGUAGUUCUGAAAGUACUCACAAACUUUAAGAGCAGUGAAAUUGAGCAGGCUGUGCAGUCACUGGACAGAAAUGGCAUUGACUUGUUAAUGAAGUACAUUUAUAAAGGAUUUGAGAAGCCUACAGAAAAUAGCAGUGCUGUGUUACUCCAGUGGCAUGAAAAGGCCUUAGCUGUAGGAGGAUUAGGCUCCAUUAUAAGAGUUCUUACAGCAAGAAAGACUGUUUAAAAAAAAGAAUCAUGUUACCUUGAGAAGAAUUUUGGAUGCCCAGGCUGGUGAAGAAGGGACUGACAAUGGACCAUCUUCCUGAACUCCCAGCUCAAUAUUCAGGAAACAAAUCUGCUGAAAUGUAUUUUACUUUUAAGGUGGAGGGAGAAAUUGUCUUAUUGUUUCCUAAAUUCUUUGCAGGAUCAGUGUCUCCGCCUUUGUCUACAGAGUAACACAGAACUGACACUUGACUAUCAGACUGACUGUCCAGAUUAUGUCAGGUGUACCUGUGUACACUGUUUGAAAUGGGGAGGGACUAUUUGGGCAGGUGCAAAUCCAAGGGCUGCUGUGAGAAGGAGGGCUUGGGUUCUGAAGUGGAAAAAACCUCAGAGUUUGUACAGACACUCCGUCUUCCCAGAGAAGACAGGCUCUCUCUUGGGUUCAUUGUAAAGUGCCUGCUGCAUUAAUAAAGCUCUUGGCUUACUAGUCUAUUCAUUGCAGUGUGUUCUCUGUAUGUUAAAUGGUAAAGAAAGGGAUGGUUUGGAAAGCUGAUGUGGAAGGGAUACAGGUGUCCCUGUCCUGCCAUCCCUGAGGGGUGGGGGGCAAGCAUGACAGUGCCAUGGCUAUGCCACACUUUGACCACAGUGAUGCUGGACGCUACCAAGAGGCAUUUUGCUGAUAUCUAUUGUUUCUUACUCCUUUGAUUUGUAUGUAAUUUUGGAGCUUAUUUAAUAAAAUGUCAAAUGUUUAA